AUGGAGAUAACCAACGUUUCUGAGUAUGAGGCAAUUGCAAAGCAGAAAUUGCCAAAGAUGGUCUAUGACUACUAUGCAUCUGGUGCAGAGGAUCAGUGGACUCUCAAGGAGAACCAACGUGCAUUUUCCAGGAUUUUGUUUCGGCCUCGUAUUCUUAUAGAUGUAAGUAAGAUAGACUUGAGAACAACUGUGUUGGGUUUCAAUAUUUCAAUGCCCAUCAUGAUUGCUCCUACAGCCAUGCAGAAGAUGGCUCAUCCUGAAGGAGAGUAUGCAACGGCAAGAGCAGCAGCCGCGGCUGACACAAUUAUGACACUGUCUUCUUGGGCUACUUCCAGUGCUGAAGAGGUUGCAUCAACAGGACCUGGCAUUCGCUUUUUCCAACUCUAUGUGUACAAAGACAGGAGUGUGGUCACACAGCUUGUCAGAAGAGCUGAGAGGGCUGGUUUCAAGGCCAUAGUUCUUACUGUGGACACUCCAAGGCUUGGGCGCAGGGAGGCUGAUAUCAAGAACAGAUUUGUUCUGCCGCCAAAUUUGACAUUGAAAAACUUUGAGGAUUUGGAUCUCGGAAAGAUGGAUAAGACCAAUGAUUCUGGACUUGCAUCAUAUGUUGCUGGACAAGUCGACCAGUCUCUCAGCUGGAAGGAUGUAAAAUGGCUUCAGACAAUCACCAAAUUACCAAUUCUUGUAAAGGGUGUAAUUACUGCUGAGGAUGCACGACUAGCGGUACAAUAUGGAGCUGCAGGAAUUGUCGUCUCCAAUCAUGGAGCUCGCCAGCUUGAUUAUGUCCCUGCAACUAUUAUGGUUUUGGAAGAGGUCGUCAAAGCUGCACAAGGCCGAAUUCCUGUGUUUUUGGAUGGUGGAGUGAGGAGAGGAACUGAUGUUUUUAAGGCUCUGGCUCUUGGAGCAUCUGGUGUAUUUAUUGGUAGACCAGUGGUGUUCUCAUUAGCUGCUGCUGGUGAGGCUGGUGUAAGGAAAGUACUUCAAAUGCUUCGUGAUGAGUUUGAGCUAACAAUGGCGUUAAGUGGAUGUCGCUCGCUGAAGGAGAUCACCCGCAACCACAUUGUGACUGAAUGGGAUCGUCCUCGGAUUGCUCCCAGAUUAUAA